AAAACGCUGCAAUUAUGAAUUAUCCAUGGGUUUCACGGACUUGAAGCUUACGCUCAGCCCAGAAAUAUGAAGACCAGUCAAACAGUUCCGAGCUUGGAGAUGGACAGAGCCAAUCCCUUCGUUCUGUUCCCCUAGCCAUCGCUCCGUACUUGACAUACACACAGCCACGAAACGAAUCAGUCUAGGUGUUCCCAGCUCCUUUUGCCUCCUUCGAUGGCCUUGGGAUUGUUGCCAGUCAUAUUAGCUUCCUUGCUGCGCUUGGCGGUAGCCACCACCAACGGGACCGGUGGCAACGAGAGCUGCACGCCGGCGAGAUGCGGGGACUUGAGCAUCACGUACCCGUUCUCGCUCGGCGGCACGCAGCCGCUGUACUGCGGUUACCCGUCCUUCGAGCUGACUUGCGACGGUGAUCGCGCAUACCUCACAAGAGCGUUCAGGGAGCACCUUUUCCGCGUCGACAAUAUCUCCUACGACAACAACUCGCUGGUGGUGACCGUCGGGACGACCUUCGCCGGCGACGAGAUAUGCCACAUCCCGGACUUCAACGUGUCCUCCGACCUCGCCCUCUUCCCGCUCAACAUCAGCCGCACGAACAAGAACCUCACAUUCGUUUACAACUGUGAGGUUCCUCGUGGCGAGCAACUGUCACAGCUGUGUGCGAACCACACAAUGGGAGCUUACAUCUCUGAAAGGCCGGACGGCGAGGGCAGCCGGCCGCAGUGGGUUCAGACGAACUGCAGCUCUGUGAGCGUGCCGGUGCGGGGGUCAGGUCGUGAUUACGAGCGAUUGAUCAGCGAGGGUUUCCUCUUGGAGUGGCCACCGAUGCGAGACUGCGAUGCGUGCACGGGGCGCGGUGGGGAGUGCAGGUUCGUUGAACUUGCGUUCCAGUGCGCCUGCCCCGACGGGCGGCUCUGCUCCAAUUCCUCGGCUACUUCUCGAGAUAGAAGGCAGAAGCAUAACAUCAAGUUAAUUUUAAUAGUUGCGCUAUCUGCUCCAACCAGCUUGAUUCUUACGUGCCUUGUUUGGAUAAUGUACCGCCGGAAGAAAAAGCACAUUAUAUUCAUCCAAAAGUACGCAGGCAAUGGAUCAAAUAUAGAGGAAAUACUAAAAGGGUAUGAUUCUCUCGUCCCAAAAAGGUACAAAUACUCAGAGCUAAAGAAAAUAACGGGAUCUUUCAAGGAUAAACUGGGAGAAGGUGGCUAUGGCAUGGUAUUUAAGGGCAAUCUGGAAGAUGGCCGCAAGGUUGCCGUGAAACUACUCAAAGGAUCAAAAGGAAAUGGAGAGGAGUUCUUGAAUGAGGUAGUGAGUAUACGUAGGACAUCUCAUGUAAAUAUUGUCAACUUACUCGGUUUUUGUUUGCAUGGAUCUAAGAGAGCACUUAUUUACGAGUAUAUGGCCAAUGGCUCGUUGGAGAAAUACAUUUAUUCAGAAGAAUCUAAAAUGGCCAUUGGAUGGGAAAAGUUGCGACAAAUAGCAAUUGGCAUUGCACGAGGCUUGGAAUAUUUGCAUCGGGGGUGUAAUACGCGCAUCAUUCAUUUUGAUAUCAAACCGCAUAACAUGCUUCUAGAUGAAGACUUUUGUCCUAAAAUCGCAGAUUUUGGAUUGGCAAAAGUGUGUCACCUCAAGGAUAGUGCCCUCUCAAUGGCUGAAGCAAGAGGUACCAUCGGUUUCAUUGCUCCAGAAGUAUUUUCUAGAGGUUUUGGAGUUGUGUCCACUAAGUCAGAUGUUUACAGCUAUGGAAUGAUGUUGCUAGAAAUGGUAGGGGGAAGGAAGAAUGUUAAAGAAAACACUGAGAAUUCUAGUGAAGCAUAUUUUCCCAACUGGAUUUACGACCGUUUAGUGAAAGAUUUGGGAAGUAAUGAAGUCACAUGCGAGACAGAAGAGAUUGCAAGACAGAUGACCCUAGUUGGCUUGUGGUGCAUACAAACGACCCCAGGAAAUCGGCCUUCCAUGAGCAGGGUCAUAGAAAUGUUGGGGAAGAACAUAAAUGAACUAGAAAUCCCCCCGAAGCCAUUUCUUUCAUGUCCCUCGGUGCCAUCAUAUUUUUCAUCUUAACCAAGACUUUUUUGUCGGGAGAUCUACCAUUUAAGAGUAAAUUGUAUAAAACUAUAAUUAGUAUAUCAUUUGUAACACAAAACUACAAGUUUUAUACACCAAUUU